UGGGCGCAGGUGGGACGGAGCCCAGGUGUCGCAAUGCCGGGCUGGAGCAGCGCCGUGCCAGCACCGAGCCGGUUUUCCCGGUGGCACUGCGGGGGGACACCGGGCACUGCCCAGCUCCCGGCUGGGGGCACGGCCCCCUCCUCCAUCCUGCCCAUCCCCCCGCCGGGUAAUUAGCCGCGCUAAUUGCCGGCGGGGGACACUCGCAGCCUCUCCCCGAGGCCGGGGGCGGCGGGCGGGACGCGGGGCGGUGCGGGAGGAGUGGCCGGGGGGGGCCGUGGGGCGCCGUGCUGCCGGGCCGCCCCGAGCUCUGCCUUCUUCCUCCUCCUCCUCCUCCUCCUCCCUCUUCCCUCCUCCUCCUGCCGCUCCUCCCGCCGCCCGGCCCGGCCCGGCUCCGCUCGCCAUGGGAGAUGUGGUCUCCACGCACCUGGACGAGGGUCGCCGCCAGCACAUCGCGGAGAGGACGGGGAAGGUGCUGGGCGAGUUCUGCCGGUGCUACCAGGAGCAGUUUGGGGUCGCUCUGUUCAACAGCGUCCGCUAUGAGAUCGAGGGCGCCGGGGGCCCGCAGGCACAGCUGCUGCACCGCAAGGUUCCACUGGAGGACCACGUCAUCUACUCAGGCAACAUCUUCCAGUACAUCGAGGAGAACAAGAAGUGGAGGAACCGCUUCUGCGUGGUGCCACACAACUACGGGCUGGUCCUCUACGAGAACAAAGUGGCCUAUGAGCGGGAGCAGCCGCCCCGGGUGUUGGUCAACAGUGCUGGCUACAAGAUCCUCACCUCCGUGGAGCAGUACCUGGAGCUGGUCAACAACAGCCUGCCUGGCGUGACACCGAAAUCUGGGCACCCUCCCAUCCUGAAGUGCCCCACGGAUUUCCCGCUGAUCCUGUGGCACCCCUACGCCCGGCACUACUAUUUCUGUGUGAUGACGGGCAAGGAGCAGGAGAAGUGGCGGGCGGUGUUCCAGGACUGCGUGCGGCACUGCAACAACGGGAUCUCCGAGGACUCCAAAGUGGAGGCUCCAGCCUUCACGGACGCCAUCCGCAUGUACCGGCAGUCCAAGGAGCAGUACGGCACCUGGGACAUGCUCUGCGGCAACGAGACCCAGGUGCUGAGCAACCUGGUGAUGGAGGAGCUGCUCCCCGAGCUCAGGAGCACCAUCGGCCCCCGGCUGAAGGGCAAAGCCCCGGAGCGCCAGCGGACCUGGAUCCAGGUGUCGGAUGCUGUCUAUAGGAUGGUCUAUGAGCUGGCCAAGGCGCAGUACGACGCAGCAGUGGCCAGGUGUGAGCAGGAGCGGCCGCAGCUGGAGAGCACCAUCCGCACGGACAUGGACCAGAUCAUCACCUCCAAGGAGCACCUGGCCAGCAAGAUCCGAGCCUUUGUCCUGCCCAAGGCAGAGGUCUGUGUCCGUAACCACGUCCAGCCCUACAUCUCCUCCAUCCUGGAGGCCCUGAUGACCCCCACGAGCCAGGGCUUCGCUGAGGCGCGGGAGGUGUUCUUCAAGGAGGUGACCGACAUGAACAUGAACGUUGUCAACGAGGGCGGCCUGGAGAAGCUGGUGGAGUACAUGGAGAAGCUCUCCCACCUGGCCUUCCACCCCGUGAAGAUGCAGUCGUGCUAUGAGAAGAUGGACCAGCUGAAACUGGAGGGUCUUCAGCAGCGAUUCGAUGUCUCCAGCACAUCCGUCUUCAAGCAGAGGGCCCAGAUCUACAUGAGACAGCAAAUGGACGAUGCCGUGUACACCUUCGAGACACUGCUGCACCAGGAGCUGGGGAAGCUGCAGGGCAAGGACGACCUGUGCAAGUCCAUCCAGCGCAUCCUCGAGAGGGUGCUCAAGAAAUUCGACUAUGACAGCAGCACCGUGAGGAAGAAGUUCUUCAGGGAGGCCCUGCUGCAGAUCACCAUCCCCUUCCUGCUGAAAAAGCUGGCACCCACCUGCAAGGGGGAAUUAGCCAAGUUUCAGGAGCUGAUCUUCGAGGACUUUGCCAGCUUCAUCCUGGUGGAGAACACCUACGAGGAGGUGGUGCUGCAGUCGGUGAUGAAAGACAUCAUGCAAGCUGUGAAGGAGGCGGCCGUGCAGCGGAAGCACAACCUCUACAGGGACAGCAUGGUGAUGCACAACAGCGAUCCCAACCUGCACCUGCUGGGAGAGGGCCUGCCCAUCGACUGGAGCGAGGAGUACAGCGGGCAGCCCGAGGCCGAGCCGGCGGCCGAGCGGCGCCGCAGGGCCAAGCAGGUGGUGUCGGUCAUCCAGGACGACGAGGGGGCCCUGCCCUACGGGGCCGAGGCGCUGCUGCAGCCCGGCUCCCCCGAGCCACGGGAGCCAGAGGAGGCACACCCCGCAGUGCCCCCGAGCCCCCCGGAUGCGGUGAAGGAGAUCCGGGAGGCGCUGGCACAGGAGAGCCUCGGGGAUGGCACCGGGGCGGAGGAGCGGCUGAUGAACGGCACCGAUGGCAGCGGUGCCAGCGAGGAGGGCGUGCUGCUGGCAGGGGCUGCCCCAGGGGGUGUCACACAGCAAGGUCCAGCCCGUGAUGGGGACGGCGUGCACUGUGCCACAGUGGCAUCACCAGCACCUGGAGCUGAGGUCCCAUCAGGGACUGGGAGAGAACGUGUCACACCAGCAUCGUCACCUGUCCCUGGAGCUGAGGUCCCAUCAGGGACUGGGACACGCCGGGCUGCACCAGCACCACCUGUGCCUGGAGCUGAGGUGUCAUCAGGGGGGCAGUGUGCCACACCAGCAUUGUCAACUGUCCCUGGAGCUGAGGUCCCAUCAGGGACUGGGAAACAACGUCCUGCACCAGCAUCACCUGUGCCCAGAGCUGAUGUCCCAUCAGAGGCUGAGGUGCCACAUGCCACACCAAGAUCAUCCGUGCCGGCAUCUCCUGUGCCCAGAGCUGAUGUCCCAUCAGAGGCUGAGGUGCCACACGUCACACCAAGAUCAUCCGUGCCAGCGUCCCCGGUGCCCAGAGCUGACCCAUCAGUGUCCAGCGUGCCACACGGCACAGCAGCACCAGCCAGUCCCCGAGCCAAUGUCCCAGCAGAGGCCAAGGUGCCCCAUGGCACAGCAGCACCACCCGGAGCCCAGAGCCCAUCAGCAGUGUGUCACCAGUGCAGUGACAAGGAGACAGGCGAGCACGGGGACAGCCCCCCGCAGCCCAGGGGCUCCACAGAGAGCGGUGAGGGGGUGCAGACUGAGUUCUAGCCCCAGCUCCCGCCAUGGACUGGCCCUGGUGACACUGGGGCUGGGGGAGGGGGAUAAGACCCCCCGGGAUGGAGAGCAGCACUGUGGGAGAGGGAGGGGAUGGGGACACCGAGACCUUACUGCCUAACGGGGGUCCCGCUGCCGAGGGGGGCUGCCCACAGCCACAGCCCCCGCUGGGUCAGACUGGGGUGGCCCCAGCCUGGCAUGGGGCAUCCUCUGCUCUCUGCUCUGUCCUUCUUCUGCCUUAUUUUCUUUCCUACUGAGGAGAUGCUUUACUGAAGAGCUUUAUCUGCCCCCCCAACCAGUGCCUGGGGCUGCUGGGGGGGCUGGCACUAGCCCUGCUGAGGGUGGGUGUGUGGGACACUCCUGGCUGUCCCCAGGGUUGUCCCUGCCCCCAUCUGGGGGGGUUCCUGGGAGCCUGCCCACUGCCACCCACCCGGGGGGGUUCCUGGGAGCCUGCCCACUGCCAUCCCCACUUGGCCAGCUCCAGGAGUGCCAGUGGGAGCAGGGGCUGCAGGGGAUGAUGGCAAACAGGGACACGACAGGGACAGCAACGCUGGGGGGCCUGAGACACUGCUGGGGGGGAGCGCUGGGACAGCCACGGGCUGCUGGUGCCCAGGCUGGGCUCAGAGCAUCCAGGCCGGGCUCACAGCAACUAGGCUGGGCUCAGAGCAUCCAGGUUAGGCUUACAGCAUCUAGGCUGGGCUCACAGCAUCCAGACCAGGCUCCUGCCAACCUGGUACCCAGGCUGGGCUCACAGCACCCAGAGCUCACCCCCAGCCAUCCUCAC